CUGCGAGGAACGGCUGCAAAGCGCGCGCGCGAUAUUCCCACGUAUUCCGAGUUUGAAAAUUAAAAAAAUAUUUUGAAUUACUUCCAAUUUAUGUUGAGAUUGGAGUUCUAAAUGAAGUUGGAUGAUUAUUGAAACGAAAAAAUAGACUAGAAUUGUUUGUGGUUGUGUUAAAUGUUGCCGAAAUAAUGAUUGUGAUUUGUAUGCAAGUAGUGGCAUAGGCGAAAAAGUGUGCGCACAUUGAUUGCAUCGCAAUUAUUUUCGGGUUGAGUAAAGAGGUCACACGCCAACAUGACGACUGAUAACGCUAUUAAUUCUCAAAGGGUCUUCAAAAAGACGUCCCCUAACAACAAGCUGACCCUAUACCUGGCAUCCCGAGAUCUGGUGGUGGAGAAUGGCAGCAUCGACAAGAUCCAGGGUGUUCUCCACGUGGACCCUGAGCAUCUGGAGAAUAAGAAACUGUAUGGACAGGUCACGUUAACGUUCAGAUAUGGCAGAGAAGACGAGGAAGUAAUGGGCUUGAAGUUCUGCAACGAAGCAAUCAUGAGUCUGGCGCAAGUUUGGCCGUUGCACUGCAAUCAUGAGAGGGAACCUAACACUCCCUUACAGGACGCCCUGAUAAAACGGUUGGGUGCCAACGCGUACCCCUUCCACCUUGAGCUGACUCCCCUAGCGCCACCUAGCGUGCAACUGGUUCCAGCGAAGCAGUAUCAUGGAGCGCCGAUCGGCACUUCGUAUGACGUCAGAGCGUAUAUUGCGGACCGCGCAGAUGAGAAAGUGUCAAGACGGAACACUGUGCGAAUGGGGAUCAGAGUAUUGCAAGGUCCAGGACGGCCCAUGCCUCCAGCCUCGCUGCCUCCGCACUCCCCACACCACACACUGGGUGCCUUGGCCCAUCACAACGUCCUCAGACUAAAAAACAAAGCGAAAAUGGGGCCUGAUGAAAAUUUCCGCCCAAAGAGAAGUGAAAUUGAAAACAUGGAGUCAGCGCCGCCGCGCGCCAUCGUCGAAAAGCCCUUUUUGUUAUCCGAUGGCAGGGUGGAGCUGGAAGCGUGGCUGGACAAGGCUACUUACUCCCACGGAGAGUCUAUCAACGUGAGUGUGAUAGUCGCAAACCAUUCCUCCAAAACCGUGCGACGUAUCAAGACUUUGGUGGUGCAACACGUAGACGUCUGCAUGUUCUCAAACGGAAAGUUCAAGAAUGUGGUGGCGCUGGUGAAGUGUGGUGGAACUCCGGUGAUGCCUGGCCAGACCCUCACAGACACCUACACACUGACACCACAUCGAGGUGUUACUAAAAACUGGAUUGCUUUGGAAGAUUCGUAUUCUAAAACAGGAGCGAGUCUUGCGUCUACUGUUCUAUGCAACAACACUCCAGAGGAUCGAAAUGUUUUCGCCAUUUACGUAUCCUAUUACGUCAAGGUAAAGCUGACUCUCAGCGCGAUGGGAGGAGAUGUGUCCGUAAAGCUACCUUUCACACUUACACAUUCAUGUAUCAAUGAAGCUCCAACCGACAGCGUUACAGAAGAAGCCACGCCAAAAAUAAUUUUAGAAGGGAAAGAAAACAGUGAAGAAGAAGACAGCAAAUGCGAAAUAGAAAAAGACAAGCAGAACAAUAAUGGUGUUAAUGACAAUCAACAAACAACAUUCAAUGAUGAUGCUGAAGUGAAUUCUCCAGAAGACCAUCGUCUUGUAGCUGAUGUUCUGGUUAAUAUUGAAAAUAAGAUUGAAAAGCCAAAAGUGUUCGAAGGUACAGAAGUACGCGCUGUGAAACCUAAUGAUGAAGAAUUGGACUUAAUCGUGAAAUACCCAGGUUCUGAUACGUGAUCCGACGAGGAAUGCAACGCAGAUGCAGGUGGCAAUAAGACUGAAAGAGUGGAAGAUAAAAUACCGGCUGGGUCCACGGUACGCAAAGGGGAAAUUCAAAUUCAGAAAAGUGGUUUUGCUGAAAAUUUAAAGAGGGCGGUAUGUUGUAUAGAUAGACGAAGACAGUCAUAGCUCAGAUUAAAGGACCACGGUAAGCCAUGUAUGUAUAUUAUAAAGGUCAUUUAUCCAAUUCGAAUGUUAGAAAUGUACCAAUUGCGUAGAAAUUAUUCAACGUUUUUAAUAAUUGUAUUUUAUAAUGAUUGUAGUAAUUUAUAAGUUCAAAAGUAUUUAACAAAAUGUUUAUCACUCAAAAAUAAAUAGAUUCUAUCAAGACACUUUUGUGCUUUCGGUGGUUAAGGAUGCUCACGGAGUUAACUUGAAUAUUAAUGUUCUUGUUUGUGAAAAAUAUAUUUAUAAAAUAAGAAAUUAUUCCAAGCACUGAAAAUUAUUUAGAUUUACUAACGAUGUCAAUGAAAUAUGUCUGAUAAAUACGAAUUGCUAUCUAGUCACUAAAAUAAAACACCGUCUUGUCAAUUUAAUCAUGUCGUAAUUAUAAUAUUGCAUGAAAUGAAGAAUAUUGCUUUUCAUGGUUAAGUGAUGUUGUGUUUUCAUCUUUUGUUAAAACAACAAAAGAAAGUCUAUAGGACUACUAACUGAAAAUUUUAAAAUACAAGUCUGAUUGUAUUAAUUUAUUUUCACCAUAUACCUACUUGAUAACAUUAACCAUUACUAUCCUUUAAGCAAAAUAUUGAAUUUAUUUUCCGAAAUUUGAUAAAUAAUUAUCACAAUUUUGUGACGCUACAUUAUACUAAUGAUAUCCAUAUUUUUGAAAUACAAGUACCUCUACGUUACUAUAGGUCAUUCGAUUAUUAUAUAUCAUUCAAUAUUUUAUAAAUUAGUAAUAUAAUCAGUCAAAAAGCUUCAUCAAAACCUUUUCCGAAAAGACCAUGAAAAUUAUCCUAUGGUUUUUUUUUAAUUUAUAAAAAUUUAAAGAAAAAUGACCACCUUUUAAAAAUAACCUUAAUUUCAUAUACAGAAGCACCAUAAUAUUAUAACUAUUUAACUAAAUGUUUAGAAUUGUAUUUUAUCACAAGACUUGGCUAGAGCCAAAAAAAUGCCUGAAAUGAUAUUACGCUUACUAAAUCGUAGUGUAAAUAAAUGUAUCGAUUGUAAGGUUAUGACUAAUGCAAUGUGUAAAAUCUAAUAUUAAAUAAUACUUUGUAAAACAUAGCUUGACCUCUGUGACAGAUGACAAAUAGUAUAAAAGUCACACAUUUGUGUAAUAGACACUGUAAUAGAUAAAAAAAUACUAUAUCUGUCAUCCGACUGUCAUUUGGGGCAGCUCUAUUUUACAAUGUAUAGUUUUAAUUAAAAUUUCAAACUAAUCGAAGUAAUGUAUCAAGAUAUAGUAUAAUUUUACAGGCAUUUUAUCACAAGACGGCCUA